UGUGUUUACGUCAUGUUUCGAACGUCUGCACUGGCGGCCAUCUUGUCACAGUCAAACUCUGGUGGAACCUGAGGAAAUUGCUGACCUGUGAAGAUGCCAGACGUGUGUGCAGCCUACGGAUGCUCGAAUCGCCGUUGUCUCAAAACGAGAACCCGUGGGAUCACCUUUCACCUGUUUCCCAAAACCAGAGAGAGGAGGAGGAAGUGGGAAGUUGCCCUAAGAAGGGACAGUUUUGCCGCCUCUGACAGGACGCUGCUCUGCAGUGAGCACUUCAGGAGUGAGGACUUCGACAGGACGGGGCAGACUGUUCGGCUUAGAGAUGGUGUCGUGCCAAGCAUUUUCAAUUUUCCAGCUCAUCUCCAAAAGCCGGUAGCAACAAGAAGGACAACCACUUCUAGAAGAGUGGAAGGCGCCCUGCCUAUGGACUUGAUGCCUGACGUUGAAGCCACUGGAGAGAGCAGUUUGAGCUGCAAGCAGCAGGCCACUGACCACUUACUGUAUACAUUGCCUGCUUGCCCUAAGGCUAUAAAGGCCAAACUUGAAGAAGCCACCGCGAUAGUGAGGAAACUGCAGCGGGAGAAGAGUAAUGCCUUGAAGAGAGAAAAGAGGGUCAAGAACAAUAUGAAGGCUCUUCUGAGGAUGAGGGAGCAAAUUAUCUUAUUGGAAUUAAAUCUGCCUCCUGCGAAAAGUCUGUAACUCUCUCUCUCUCUCUCUCUCUC